AUGUCGACUGGACCAAACUCAUCAGUACACUCUGAAAAAGAUUUAGAUUUAAGUAAUGUCGGACGAGGAGUGUGGUUAGUUAAAGUGCCUAAGUACAUUGCUAAUAAAUGGGAAAAGGCACCGGGUAAUAUUGAAGUUGGUAAACUUAAAAUAACAAAAGUACCUGGAGAGAAAGCGGAAGUAACAUUAGGAUUAUCAGAAGCAGUGUUAGCUCUGAAGGACCCUGGUGAAGAAGACAUUCCAAAGCAGCACAAGUUGGAUGUUAGUCAAGUAAAACAUCAAACACUGGGUGUUUUUUCUCAUAUAUCACCUUGUCCUAAUUCUGACGCGGUUGUGCCAGAAGGAGACAAAUUAUGUAUGGAAGGCAAAAUUGUACAAAAACUAGAGUGCCGCCCUUACGCUGACAAUUGUUACAUGAAAUUAAAGUUGUCGAGUAUUAAGAAAGCGGCUGUUCCUGUAAGAGCUAUCCAACAAAUAUCCAAAGUUGUACAGAACUUUAAGCCAGUUUCGGACCACAAACAUAACAUUGAAUAUGCUGAAAAGAAAAAAGCUGAAGGUAAAAAAAUGCGUGAUGACAAAGAUGCUGUACUGGACAUGUUGUUCGCAGCAUUUGAAAAGCAUCAGUAUUAUAAUAUUAAAGAUUUAGUAAAAAUAACUCGCCAGCCUGUCGUAUACUUAAAAGAAAUUCUCGGGGAAGUUUGUAGUUACAAUAUCAAAAAUCCCCACCGUAAUAUGUGGGAAUUAAAACCGGAGUAUCGUCAUUAUAAAACGGAUGAAAAACCAGCUGAUGGUGUUAAGGAAGAAUCUGAGGAUUCUAAUUAA